AUGGUUUCAAUCAAGACUCUUGCCGGUGCCGCCCUGGCCGCCAUGCCUUCGGCUUCCGCCUACAUCUACAACGUGACCGCUCCCGACACAGCAGCUGCCGGCAGCACGGUUACCGCUACUCUAGACACGGCUAUUUACGUCCAGAACUACGUUGACUACUCUAUUACCUGGGGUCUGAAGCCCGCCAGCUGGAACUGCGGCGAGGUUAUCUGCGUCGGAACCCAGAUUGACUUCACCCCCAUCUAUCCCGACAGCGUUCCUCUGAACAGCUUCACGGUCGACCUGACUAUUCCUAACACCACAGCCGCUGGUGACUACCAAAUCGUUGCAGCCAUCCCUUACUUGGUGGGCGCAUCUGGAUCGUUCGACGUCAACGCAUUUUACGCCAACAUCACCAUUACCGCCUAA